CCCUCACUUUGCUUCUCACUUCCAUUUCUCUCUAACUCAACUCCACACAAAUGGCCCUCUUUCUUUGCGUCUUAUUCCUUCUCCUUUCUUCUGCUUCUGCUUGUGAUCGCUGCCUGCACCAGUCCAAGGCUGCUUAUUUCUCCAAAGCCUCUGCUCUUUCAGCGGGAGCUUGUGGAUACGGUUCCUUGGCUUUAGGUUUAAGUGGUGGACACCUUGCUGCUGGUGUUUCUUCUCUUUACAAAGAUGGAGCCGGUUGUGGUGCCUGCUUCCAGAUAAGGUGCAAGAAUUCAACUCUGUGCAGCAGUGAAGGGACUAGGAUCACACUAACUGAUCUCAAUCACAAUAAUGAAACGGACUUUGUUCUUAGCAGCAGAGCAUUCAUGGCGAUGGCUAACAAAGGCAUGGGCCGAGACAUUUUGAAACUUGGGAUUGUCGACGUGGAAUAUAAAAGGAUACCUUGUGAAUACAAAAACCAGAACUUAGCUGUUAGAGUUGAAGAAUCAAGCCAAAAACCAAAUUACUUGGCAAUUAAAUUGAUGUACCAGGGUGGUCAGACUGAAGUAGUAGCCAUGGAUGUAGCUCAGGUUGGGUCUGCAAACUGGAACUUCAUGAGCAGGAACCAUGGGGCAGUAUGGGACACAAGCAGAGUCCCAAAUGGAGCCCUGCAAUUCAGAUUUGUGGUGACAUCAGGGUUUGAUGGGAAGUGGAUUUGGGCAAAAAGUGUGCUUCCAGCUGAGUGGAAAACUGGAGUUAUUUAUGAUUCUGGAGUUCAAAUCACUGACAUUGCAAAAGAAGGUUGCUCUCCUUGUGAUGACAGCCACUGGAGAUGAGAUCUUAGUUGCCAAUUACACAUAUAGUGAAUUUGAAAGUUUUAGAAGAUUAAAGAAAAUGAAUAUAUAGAUAGAUUUUCCUUGUCUCUGUAAUUCAACAAGUCUAAUAUUUUUUCCGUCAUAAUAAAAUUCUCGUAGACAA